UACUUUCGAUACUGGGUUCGUAACCAUGAUUUCAUUCCUAAGUUUAGUAUAUUCAGGGCCAUAACUUUAGAAAAUGAGAAGACAUCUGAGGGGCAUGUGAGCUAUAAAAACUCUAUUGGGUAUUUUUCAGUUUAUCAAUUCAUUUACUUCUCGAGGAUUUGGAUUUGGAAACGAUGUGUAUCCGCUGUGGUCUUGGAGCUUUUCCUUUUCUGCUAGCUGUACUUUCAGUUGUAACCUUCCUGAUUACCUAUGUUAUUUCUCGAAUACGCAACGACACUUCAUGGUUUCCCACUAUCAGUGACACUGCGGAUCGCCGGCCGGAAAGCAACGUUUUCGGACUGCUGUUCAAUUUGUGCGCCCUUCUUGCGCUCGUGACAACGUUUGUGCGGUAUCUUCAGUUGAGACACGAUGCUGAUUGGAACGAAAGAGACAGGGCGCUUGUUAUUAGGCUCAACAAAUUGGCUGUAGUGCUUGGUGUAGCUUCAAGUCUGGGCGGAAGCAUAGUGGCCAAUUUUCAGGAGGAUGUUGUCUCAUUUAUCCACAUUAUUGGUGCACUUCUCAUUUUUGUGGGAGGUAUUCUCUAUUGCUGGGUUCAAUCUUUUAUUUCCUAUAAGAUGAGUCUUUGCGGUGUGAUAACACGCAGUCUCUUCAUCUUACGAGUGGCCAUUGCUUUUGCUGCAACAAUCUUCUUUGCCACAUGUGCAACAGCUACCUCAUAUGCCAGUGUCAAUGGAGUACGUUACCACCUGGCCAGCGAUGAACCCAGACUACGCUGGAACCCGACAGAAAAGCACUAUGUUUAUCAUGUCAUUGGAGAUGUUUCUGAAUGGCUUACGGCAUUAACUCUGUUGAGCUACUUGUUCACGUACUUCGGAGAGUUCAGGUUCAUCAAGAUGAAGAUUGUAGUGUCAAGACGAACACAACAUCCUGUGCCUCUAGCAACUGGAAUGGGUUCAGAUGACAGUAUUAAUGCCUCUCUGUAUGUUUAGCCCUUUUAGCUCCCAAGAACUAAGCACAGACCACUUUCAUAAAUGGCUGCUGGAUUAAUAUUCUUUUGUUUAAAUUUAAAUUAGCCCUACAGGCCUCCUU